GAGCAUCUUGAGCCUGAGAUCUCAGCUGAUGAGGCCGUUCGGGUCCAAGACUUCAUCUUCGACUUCGCAGUGACAUCUUCGACAUCUUCGUCCACUCCGAAGCGUGCUCGUGAUCACAUCUUCGAGAUCUCCGAGAUCAUCAGAUCAGUGCAGGUCUACGCAUUCAGAUCCAUUUUUUUGUUCUCAUCGAUCUUCAUUAUCGUAAAUACCCUUCGACCGAUCCUAGACGCCGCGCCAGCGGCUUCCAGCACUUGUUGGCUACGAGAUGAUGGUCAAGGAGCACCGUCAACGACCGACCUUGAGGCCUCAGCAUUCUGUGCCGACCCCUGUGUUCAUCGAGAACAUCGAGAACAUCGAGAAGUGCCUGAAGCGCCAGGGGUGAUGGUUGUCACCAGCGGCCGGGGGUUUGUGAGGGCAGUGUCCGUGAAUCCUCCCUUUCCUUUGAAGUUGUUUCAGUUCGUGGGCGUGUGA